AUGGACGGACGGAUCUACCACAGGGGGAUGACAGCGAGCCCCGCCCCGCGGCCCCGGCGCAGCCGCACGAGCUUCACGGCCGAGCAGCUGCGCGCGCUGGAGCGCGCGUUCGAGGACUCGCAUUACCCAGACGCCUUCGCGCGGGAGGAGCUGAGCGCGCGGCUGGGGCUCCCCGAGGCUCGGGUGCAGGUCUGGUUCCAGAAUCGCCGGGCCAAGUGCCGGAAGCAAGAGACACAGACACACAGAGGCGUGACCCUCGGGACCGCGGGCUCCCUGGACACCUGCCGCCUGGCGCCCUACGUCAACAUGGCCGCCCUGCGCCUGCCCUGCCAGCAGGCACAGGCCCGGCUGCAGGAGGGGGGCGUGGCCCACGCGCAGCUCCUCCCACCUGUAUCCCCGCCCUACCUAGUGUUUCCGCCCCCGCACUUCCUGCCAGUGGCAGGGGCGUGGCUGGCGGGGGCGGGGCCUCAGGGGGCGGAGCCUGUGAGGAGCUCCAGCAUCGCGGACCUGAGGCUCAAGGCGCAGAAGCACGGGCCGCCCUGGGGCUCUAACCUCACUUCCGGGGGCGGGGCCGGCGCCCAGUGGGCGGGGCCGACCUCCGACGCCACUUUCCCGGCCACUGACCUCACUCUUGGUUGUGAUGACAUCACUUCCUGUCUAAGAAGGAAGUUUCCCUAG